UUCCAAAGAAUAAUGUCCAGCUGCAUCUUAUCAAGGACAUGGAGGGCAUGACUGAGUUCGAGUUGGACUUCUGGAGGGAGGUGAGGGAUGUGGCUACUCCUGUGGAUAUUAGAGUUCCCCUCCACAGCCUGCAGUCUUUCAAAGCUUUUCUGGAGACCCAGGACCUUGAGUACUCCGUCAUGAUCGAAGACCUCCAGAUGUUGCUGGAUGAAGAGAAGAAGGAGAUGGAAUCUGCUGCUCGCGUCCCCAAGGCCAGAAGCACUGACAGCUACGACUACGGCAAUUACCACAGCCUCAGUGAUAUCUACGGUUUCCAGGACAUGCUGGUGGCUGAGAAUCCCAACCUGGUCAGCAAGGUUGUGAUUGGUCAGAGCUUCGAAAGACGUCCUCUGAAUGUGCUCAAGUUCAGCACUGGUGGAACCAACCGUCCUGCCAUCUGGAUCGACAGUGGAAUCCACGCCAGAGAGUGGGUCAGUCCUGCCAGUGGUACCUGGUUCGCCAAGAAGAUGGCAACUGAUUUUGGCAGUGACCCUACUCUCACCGCCAUCCUCAACAGGAUGGACAUCUACCUGGAGAUUGUGACCAACCCUGAUGGCUAUGAAUACACCCGCAGCCGCAGGGAAGUGAGUCUCAACCGUCUGUGGCGUAAGACCAGGAAGCCCAACCCCGGCUCCAGCUGUAUUGGAGUUGAUCCCAACAGGAACUGGGAUGCUGGUUUUGGAGGUCCUGGUGCCAGUAAUGACCCCUGCAGAAGCGACUACCGUGGACCCAGGGCUAACUCUGAGUCUGAGGUCAAGUCCAUUGUGGACUUUGUGACGUCCCAUGGCAAUUUCAAGGCUUUCAUCACCGUCCACGCCUUCUCCCAGUUGCUCUUGUACCCUUACGGCUUCCAAAGAACUCCAGCCAGGGAUCGGCGUGAGCUGGACGCUCUGGCUAGGAGGGCAACCUCUGCCCUUACUUCCCUGUUUGGUACUCGCUUCAGAUUCGGCAGCAUCGUCACCACCAUCUACCAAGCUAGCGGUGGCAGCAUUGACUGGUCUUAUGACCAGGGUAUCAAGUACUCCUACGCCUUCGAGCUGAGGGACACCGGUCGCUUCGGCUUCCUCCUGCCAGCCAAUCAGAUCAUCCCCACCGCCAGGGAGACUUGGCUGGCUCUGAUGACCAUCAUGGAUCACACCAACAGGAACCCUUACUAAAGUGUUUGGAGACUC